AUGAUGUACUGACUGAUAUUGGGGUUAGAGGAAACUUCGAAGAAAAUGCAUACUUGUAAUAAAUAAAAAAUGAUCGUGACCACUCGUCCAUUUUAGAAUCACAUCUUCAAAAGCACGACGAAAUGGCGCAACGGGAGGUUGUGUACCCUUGCGGUAAAUGUGAUUAUGUUGCAAAAAGAGGUUCCCGAUUGAAAGAACAUAAUAAGCAUAAACAUGAAAUUCGAUAUUAUUCAUGUGCGUACUGUAGUUUUACAUCCGAGACAAACUCUGAUCUAAAAACUCACAACUUUAAAGAACAUAAGGAUAAGAUGUUUUCAUGUGAUGAUUGUGAUUUUUUAUCGGAGAAAGAAAUAAAGUUGAAGGAACACAUUAAAGUUGAACAUGAUGAAGAAAGGCAUCCUUGUGACCGGUGUAAUUACGAAGCUAAAAGAAAACAUCAUCUACAACGUCACAAGGAGUCUGUUCACAGAGAAGGGGAGAAAUAUCCCUGUGGUCAAUGUGAUUAUUCGUCUGCUCGUAGUUCAGAUUUGAAAAGGCACAUUGAUAAUAUCCAUGUCGGCGAGGAGCAUUUUUGCGACAAGUGUGAUUACUCAUUCAACAAAUAUGAAUUGUUGAAUCGACACAUUAAGAGUAAGCAUGAGGGAGUGAAUUUCCCGUGUAAUGAAUGUAGCUAUAGCACAACAAAAGAAUAUAGCCUAGUGCGACACAAGAGGUUAAAACAUCAAGAAAACCCUACCGUGGCAAGGAAGCAAAAGCUAGAUGACAAGUAAUUCGUGACACGACACUUCGAUUGAAGAAACUAGAAUAUAUUACAAUUGGAAAUAGGUUUAGCUGACUUUAUGGAAACUAUAUUGAAAUAUCUUAAGAAAUAAUUACCUAAAUCUGUACCUGUACAUGCACCUUUACCUGCACCUGUACCUGUAACUGAAUGUAAACCAAAGCCAAAUCCGAACCUGAGCCUGAAACUGUAUCUGUACCUGUACCUGUACCUGUACCUGAAUGUAAACCCAAGCCAAAUCCGAACCUGAGCUGAAACUGCACCUGUACCUGUACCUGUACCUGUACCUGUACCUGUACCUGUACCUGAAUGUAAACCCGAAGCCAAAUCCGAACCUUAGCCUGGAACUGCACCUGAAUCUGAACCUGCACCUGAUCAUAUAAAAUAUGAACCUGAACAUGUUCUUACUAAAUAUGUCCAUUGUACCUGAUAGUAUGAAUUUUAUAUCAAAAUUGUACAUGAACCUAAUCCUGAAAAGAAUUACUACAAUUGUGGUUCAUCUAGGUUCUGUAGUUUAAAUAUUUCUCCCGUGGGGUCGAGAGUUCAGGAGAAGUAGUUCAUCUAUAAUUGUAUUCUGGAAAAAAAUAUAAAAACCCAUGCUGUGCUCGGUUGCACCGUUUUGCCAUGAACUGUGUUAGAAUUUAUUAGAUCCUACCUCAGACGUGAUGGAGAUAGUGCAAACCACCUUGAUUUAUAAUCACCACCAUUCUCAAUUUGUUAUCACCGUAGAAUCUUGUUUUCUGAAACUAAUAAUAAAUCCCUUUUUAAUACUGUA